GAGCCUGUCACGCUGGCUGUCAUCGGCUGUGGUCAGAGGGGGACUACCUAUGCCAAAUAUGCCCUUGAUCACCCGCAGAAGUGCAAGGUAGUUGCUAUUGCAGAUCCGAGGCUAAAGACCCGCGAUCUCUUUGCCCGCACUCACAAGCUCGACCGCACCCUCGUGUUUAAUACAUGGCAGGAACUCUUAAAGGCAUCUGCUGAAACCAUUCAAACCAUCGGGAAGCGUCUAGCGGAUGCUGUCAUUGUUGCGGUGCAAGACCGCAUGCAUCGUGAGGUGGUAUUGGCGUUCGCCGCCCAGGGAUACCAUAUACUUUGCGAGAAACCCAUGGCUACAAGCCUUCAAGACUGCCUUGAGAUGGAGAAGGCAGUCAAAAACGCUGAUAUCAUCUUCGGAAUGGGUCACGCAGUCUUGCGCUACUCCCCUUAUAGCAAGGCCGUCACCGAAGUUGUCCGUUCAGGACACCUGGGCGACCUGAUCAACGCCGUUCACGUUGAGCCAGUUGGUUAUUUUCACUUUGCUCACUCUUAUGUUCGUGGCAAUUGGAAGAAAGAGUCUGAGAGUUCUUUUUCUCUCAUGAGCAAGAGCUGCCAUGACAUUGACAUCCUGUGUCAUUGGCUUUCCCCUGCAAUUCCGACGCGAGUCUCUUCGUUCGGCUCUUUGCAGCAUUUCCGCAAUGAGAAGAAGCCUCCCGCAGCAGGCGCUGCAACUCGGUGUUUAGAUUGUCCGGUGGAGCAAGAUUGUCCAUACAGUGCAAAGAAAAUAUACCUGGACCCUGUUUCUCGCGGAAAUACUAACUGGCCUGCCAGCACUGUUGUUGAUGGAAUACCAGAUAUAGAGAAUAUCACCGAUGCUCUGCGAAAUGGACCUUACGGACAAUGCGUAUACGAAAGCGAUAACGAUGUCUGUGAUCAUCAGGUUGUAAAUAUCGAGUAUUCCACAGGGGCCACUGUUUCAUUCACGAUGGUGGCAUACACCUCCUUGAUUUGCGAUCGCCAGACACGUUUGCACUUCACACACGGCGAGAUAGUUGGUGAUAUGUAUAAUUUUACUGUCACCGACUUCCGCACGGGGCGUAAGACGACACACUACCCGAAGAACGAAGGUGGUGGCCACGGAGGAGGAGAUCUGGGUCUUAUCAGUACUUUCGUCGAGGCCGUGCGCACAAACAAUCAAGAGCUACUUGGGACUGAUGUCUCCGAGAUGCUCAAGAGUCAUCUUACCGUUUUUGCUGCCGAGACAAGCAGGAGAGAAGGUAGAGUGGUUGAUUGUGCGAAGUUUGAGAAAGCUAUUAGAUCAGAAUUAAAAAUGUAGGUGUACAUUUCGGGAAUGAUAUGCGAGUUACUACUGAUCAUUGCUACUUACAUCACCCGCCUUCGAGCAUGAUCAGCUGGCGUAGUAUGCUGUGCAGUCAUUUAGGCC